AUGGUUGACACAACAAAUGUGACUUCAUCUUCCAACCAGACCUGUGAUGCUGUUAACACUUCAGCCUAUCCUUUCUUUAUGCUGGUCUACACGCUAGUGUUCCUGGUGAGUUUAAUCCUCAAUGGCUUCAUCAUGAAGUUUCACUUUUGUGGAGCACAGCAGCGGACAUCGAGCAGCUUGAAGAUCUACCUGAAGAACCUGACAGCUGCUGAUUUCCUGCUCUGCCUCUCUUUGCCACUCCGCAUCACCCACUAUGCAAGCAGCUCUGUCAUUAUUCGGCAGCUCUACUGUAGUUUUGGAGCUUCUGCCAUCUUCCUCAACAUGUACGCCAGCAUCAUAUUCAUGGGCUACAUCGCUGCCAACAGGUAUCUAAAGAUCGUCCGACCUUCAGGAACUCACAUCCUGCAGACAGUAAAAACUGCCUAUAUCAUUUCCAUCAUCACCUGGGUUUUUCUCCUGGUUCCGACUGUGACAUACACCAUCCUGUUUUUCAUCACCCAGAAACCUGUGACCUCUAACCCCAGCUGCUGUGAUCCCUUCUUUAGCGAAUCGAUCAAGGUGUUCUUCACAAUCAUCCACACUUUGUCUCCCAUUAUCUUCUUGUUGGUCUCCAUAUGUAUGGUCUUCUUCUACUACAGCACCUCCCGCAGGGUGUUGCGGGCACAGCAGAGGCAGCUGGCCUCCUCUGGCUCUGAGAAGCUUGUGAAGUCUCGCAGGAACAUGUUAGUGCUGGUCAGCAUCUUCUGUUUUUGUUUUGUCCCCUAUCACCUGGUUCGUCUUCCCUAUAGUCUUCUACGGAGCAAUUUCUCUGUUGUCUCAGUCUUGAACUAUAUAAUGGAGGUGACCACCAUGGUGGCAGUUUUCAAUGUCUGCCUGGACCCUGUUGUUUACUUUUUCCUCUGUAAGUCUUUCCGGGCAAAGAUGAGAAAGCAUCGGGACAUUAACAUUAACCCUGCAGGAGACAGACACACCACUGUGAGCAUAGAAGCAGGCAUCAAGCAGCUUUCAACUCUGAACUCAACAUGUGGUGGGUCUGCGUCUCCGGAAGUCCACCACCAACUCCUUCGUUUUCCCGGCGUUGGUCAGCAGGUGGUUCUGCUGACACCAGUCAGCAGAGAACUGCUAGUCGUCAGAGAACUUCUGGCAAAGACAUUUGCGGAGGCCGCCUACGCCUCCAGUGGUGGUAGCAGCGAGGCUGGCCUGGAGGCCGGCCACGCCUCCAACGGCAGCGGCGAAGCUGGUCCGUCCUGUGGUGGAGGUGAGGCCGGUCUGGCGAGUACACCAAUCCCACGCUUGGCGCACGGCAGCUCCAUUGGAGCAGGCUCCCCUGGCACGGGGACCUCCGUCUACUCGGUCACCACUGCCGCUCCCAGGUGGUGCAGCCCGUCGUGCGGCUCCUCCGUCACCGCGGCCGACGCCCCUUCCGGCCCGAGUAGCCCCUCACGCGGCUCGUCCGUCACCGCAGCCGCCGCUGCUCCCGGCUCCAGCAGCCCCUCGCGAGGCUCCUUCGUUACCGCGACCGCCGCUGCUCCCAGUUCAAGCAGCCCCUUGCGCGCCUCAUCCGCCGCCUCCGGUUGGAGCGGAUCUUCCACCGCUCCCGGCAGAACAAACCAAUCCACAGAGGAUCCUAUCUCCACCAUACUCCACCUUACCCCGUCACACCUGGAGAAGAAGAACAACUACGCCAGAGUCUGUUACAUCGAAUUCAGCUCAGCUUUAAACACUAUGACUUCACAGGGGUAG